UCUAGCGUGUUGUUUCAAAAUCGGGCAGACGCAAAAAAGCAGCUGGCAAAAUUACAAGAAAAAGAAAAUUGAUCCCGAGAAAAUUAGAAAAAUUACAUUGCAAUCGCGACGGGCGUGUGUGUGUGCGAGUGCGUGUGCGCGAGCGAGAGAAAAAAAGCGAGCGAAAAGAACGAGCACACAGAAAUUACACAAGUUGUAAAAGAAAAGUCCAAGGAAGGGGGCAGAAAAGAAACGUUGGCCGAGACCAAAUAUUGAUUUUUUCAUAGGCGACUCCUUCGUUUUUAUUGUUGUUGUGGUUUUUCUGCGGUGGCAAUUAACAAACGGUGUUUCUUACUGUCUGACAACUCGGGAAAGCGGAAAAGCGGACGACAAGCGGCGGCCCCACAGUAGUUUUCCACGAUAAUCCCGAUAUCGCUUAUUUGAGGCCAGGAAAAGAGGCAGAACAGAAAGAACGGAAAGCGUCAGUGGAAAUAUAUUCGUUAUUGUUUUGUUAACCAACCAAAAAAAAAACCGAAACGAAAAAUCAAAGUCAGCUAAGUACAAGUACUCUAAAUUCAAAUUCAAAUAAAGCUGGGCAAACAAAAAAGAUUUAAAUAAGCUAAAAACAAAAGCAUAUAAAGAGCAAACAUGCCACAGUCCGAGGGCGGCUAUGUAUCGCUGCCGGCCGUCAAUGGCAAUGGCAGUGCCAUCUAUCAGUCUACCACAGAGCCCACGGCCCCGCCUUCGGUCUUUGAGAGCAUGAAGCGGGCGCUUGGCCAGGCCAUCAAGUCCUCGCCAAAUGACAGCGAGGAGCUGCUCCGCACGGAGCGCCAGCCGGUCAUCGUUGGCGUUGGCGCCAGAAUCUCUUUCAGAGACCGCGACAAAUCCGGUAAGACACUGACCACCAAGAUGCCGUCAGCACCAACACACACUGCCGAGGAGGCACACCUGCUGGGCACUAUGCCCGUUGAUCCCAUGGAUGACAUCGAACUGCGCUCUGUGCAGCUGCAAUUCCCCAAUGCCCGCGGCUCCAUUCUGGAGGCCUGCGAACAGCGACGUGUGCCCACAGACAAGGGCGAUGUCCAUGUGGCCAUACAGGGCGAUACGGCCAAGCCGGCCAUUGUUACCUACCACGAUUUGGGCCUCAACUAUGCCACCAGCUUUGCUGGCUUCUUCAACUUUCCAGUGAUGCGAGGCUUGCUGGAGAACUUUUGUGUUUACCAUGUGACAGCUCCUGGGCAGGAAGAGGGUGCUCCCACUUUGCCAGAGGACUACGUAUAUCCUACCAUGGAUGAUCUGGCCGCCCAGCUGCUUUUCGUGCUCUCACACUUUGGCUUGAAGUCGGUGAUUGGCUUUGGUGUGGGCGCUGGCGCCAAUAUUCUGGCACGUUUCGCCCAUGCCCAUCCGGACAAGGUGGGCGCUCUGUGCCUGAUCAACUGCGUGUCCACGCAGUCGGGCUGGAUCGAGUGGGGUUAUCAGAGCUUCAAUGCCCGCUUCUUGCGCACCAAGGGCAUGACACAGGGCGUUAUCGAUUACCUAAUGUGGCAUCACUUUGGCCGCAAUCCGGAGGAGCGUAAUCAUGACUUGGUGCAGAUGUACAAGCAGCACUUUGAGCGAGGCGUUAAUCCGACCAACCUGGCCAUGCUUAUCAAUGCGUACAUUCAUCGCAAUGACCUCCAUUUGGCGCGCACUCCACCGGGCACUCCGGGCACCGAGACGGCGGCCACCACACUGAAGAUGCCGGUGAUUAAUAUCACGGGUUCGCUGUCACCGCAUGUGGAGGAUACAGUGACCUUCAAUGGCCGCCUGGAUCCCACAAACUCAUCGUGGAUGAAGAUUUCCGAUUGCGCUUUGGUGCUGGAGGAGCAGCCGGCCAAGCUGGCCGAAGCCUUCCGGCUCUUCUUGCAGGGCGAGGGCUACGCAACGCCGCUGUCAACGCCAGCGAGUUCGCCCUGCGGCACCAAAUACCACACGUACUCCUCGAUCUUCUUCGCCAACUUCCGGGAGCAGCAGCAACAGGCGAUGGAGGAGCGCGAACGGGAACGGGAGCGGGAUCGUCAGCGGCAGUUGAGCCUACGGGUGGGCAAUCGCCUAAGGGAGACGGCCAUUAAUUGCACCAACACGGGUGGCCAUCAGCAGGGGGACAAUAACAAUGCGGACGAGCAUAGCGGCGACGAGGAGGAGGAUAUGGAUCUGGAGAACGGAAAUGGAAAUGGACAUGCCGCCGGAAGCGGAAAUGGCAACCGUGCCUACGUGACCACGGACACAUCUGGCACGCUCUACUAUGGCGCCCAGAGCAACAAGAUACGCAUCACCGAGAAUCCACUGCCCGAGCCGGUCAGCUCUUAGAUUGUGUUCCGGAGAGCCCAGCCACAGACACACACCUUGUUAUUGUUGUUACCUUGCCACAAACACACACAACACACACACACGACAUACACUGAGAAUAAUAAAGCAGCCGCCGCCAAGUCAAGCCAAGCUUUCAGCCGUGCUCCAAGAGACACAAAAGACACAAUAAAAUAAUGAAAAGAAAUUAUAGAAAAAUAACUAAUUUACACACAUACACCGCUAGAAAAAUGAAUGCAAUAAUAACCCAGCAGACAAAAACUUUGUAAAAAAUAUUAAAAACGGAAGUUUUACGGAUCUCAAAACGUCCGAUUUUAGGCUCAAGAACGACAAGACAGUAAAUUACCUGUCCUGGGGUUUGUGGCAUCAAAAGCUAACAUUUUCGGAAUCCGAAUAAGAUUUCGAUUGCGGACCUUUUACGAUAUCAUUAUCGGUUAAAAUCCUCAGAAUUCGCGAUACUCGUCCGCUAUUCAUCCGUUUGCCCGUCCGUUUUUGAGCAUUUAGCGAAACUAAUGCGAAAAAUCAGAAUCUUUGUCCGUUUUUAAUAUUUUUAACGGACAUUUUCGGAUCCAUCCGCACUAAGUCCGCUGUUUGUCUGCUGGGAAUUAACCACCAAAAAGAGAGCAUCCGUUGAUUGAUUGUGUUUCCUCCUCUCCCUAUGGUUUUGCGAGACGCGGAGAGAUAUAUUUGUAAUUUACACUUUGUGCCUGAGCGUAACGUAACGAACAUACACAUAAUACUUAAUAUAUAUCAGCAGAGCAGCAUUUCAGUUAUUAAAAUACCUUCUCCCCUACUCUAUUUUUUUCAACACAUAUUUUAUGACGAGCUUGCUUAGUUGUUGUAAAACGAACAAUAUACAAUAUAUACUAUAUACUAUACUAUACAGAUGUGUAUACAAGCAACACGAUAACGAAACUCAAAGAUUACGAGCAUUUUCGCUUAAUGUUAAAACCUAAACCUAAACCCAAAACUGUUAACUUAAUCCCAAAGAAUAAUGAAAUUAAAAACAAAACAAAAAAAAAUGUAGCAUAUCAAAAUAACGAAUGAAAAUCUCUCAAAAUUACGUAUAUACUUAUACAAACCUAGAUAAAUCGUAGACAAUUGCGAAUUGCCAGCCCCGAAAUUCAGUUCACAAUGAAUGAGUGACAUUGUCACUGUCGCAGGAAAUAAAAAGUACACAGAAACACACACACAGGAUAUGAAUAUAGAAGACAUACAUAUAUAUAUACUAUCUAUAAAUAAUGACAACUUUUUGCAAUAACUUCGAAUUCAAUUCAAUAAAAGUUUUAGAAGCUUGAUGCGA